CAUGGAUUCGCCCAGAAUGCGCAGCGCCGUUGUGGUCGUCCUUCUGGUGGCGUUGGCCGUGUGUCUUCAGCUGACAGCUACCGAGAGCUUGAAUUGUUCCGAGCGUGAAGCGGUGUCUGAGUUGGCGGCCCAGAUCCUGCGCGUGGCUCAGGGACCCUCAGCCUUCGUCGCGGGCCUUCACAAGCGCAACUCGGAGCUGAUCAACUCCCUCCUGGGGAUCCCCAAGGUCAUGAACGACGCCGGAAGGAGAUGAACAGGAAACCCACCCAUAGUCUUCGAAGGACUCCCUGGCCAUGACUAAGCUUGCCGACUCUACAUAAUGCGCUUACUAACUACAUGACUAAUUAAAUAAAUGUUGCAACAAUUA